AUGAUACAAAUGUAUAGAUUUCAAAACAAAAACGGUUGACGGAUGAUAUGUUACGUGUUCAAAAUGGAACAUUUAGUGUACAGGACGGUUUGAUGAAGUCUAUCGUAGAUUUAGGUACAUCAAAGCUAUUGUAUUAAAAUGAAUCGGUUGGUAUAUUCCAUUAUUAUAAUUCUGAUAUCGGUCGCAACGAGAACAACAGAUGGUAAGUAAUCGUGUAGUUUUAAAAUAUAAAUAUGUAUACAGUGAAAGUUCUGAAUAGCGGACACCCUCGGUUGCCGAAUUUUUGUUUGCUAUUGGGAGGUGUCCGUUUGAGGAGGUUUUUAAAUUAAGUCGCAUUUACUCAUUAAGUUCGAAAGUUUAAAAAUCACAAAAAAAUACAUACGAUUUAUUGGGAAUCAAGUGAAAUUAAAUUUUAUAGUAUAAGAAUAGCUAAUUUGUAAAAAUCUAUACAUAUUGAGUUUUUAUAACUUUUUUAUUCAUAUUAUAAAUUUGUAUUAUUCGGCCACUUUUUGAUCAAAAAUAGAUAUUAAAAUGAUUACAGAUCAGCUUCAAAGACUAUAAUUAGUUGAAAAUUAAAAAGAAAAAAAUCUGCACAUUUGUAUGGAUUUCUACAAAUGAGCUUUUCUUAUAGUAGUAAAAUGUCACCAAUUGAAAACAAGUUUUAGCUAAUAAGUUCAUACCCCGUCUUCUAUAAAAUUGUCAACAUUUGUUCAUCCCCCUUCCAAAACCUAACUCAAAUUACGUCUCUGGCGCCAACGUUGCACAAUGUUAUAAUGUUCUUAUCAUUAAUUUCGAUAAAAGUUAAAUGCACUUUAAUAUUACAGUAAAUAACAUAAAGUUGUCUCUGCUGAAUAUAAAUUUGUUACCUAUGUCGAACGUUUGUAAGACGAAAACAGCACGCGUGGGUCAGUACUUCUAACAGUAAAUACAGAAAAAAUGUCGCGAAGUAUUGUUUUUCAUCAAUUUUUAACACUACGAGUGUUAUUAAAUUUAUAAUUCUUAAUAUUAUUAGAAUACCUCUAUACAUUAUGCAAUAUAUUCUUUGUCAAAACUGUAUUUUGAGUUUUCAGGUUUUUAUGUCGUCAGACCACAUUUUAAUAUACUCGUAUAAUACCUAUCGUAUCGACAAUAUAGGCAAUUUACAGUUACAAUACUUCCUUGUACAUUUCAAAAUUAUUAAUAGAAACUAUUCGUAUCAGUGGCGGACCUUGCAACACCAAUACAAAAUUUCAACUCACCCAUCUGCCUAGCCCAACCAAAAAAUACCCGCACCCUAUCACAAAUUUAUUGGAAUUUAUUAAAUUUUAAUAAAAUUGGUCCAAUUUAUCGAAUUUCCGCAGUUUAAAAUUCUUUUUUAAUAACUUGUUUUUUAAAAACAUGAUCAUUUUUUUUUAUAUUUCCGAAUACCUACGAUCCACCCACACGGUUUUUUUGUGAAACACAUGAUUCAAAUACAUCUCCUUCGAGCCGCCACUGGUUCGUAUAAUAUUAUUGUUAUAUAAUUCACGUAUAAAGGAUUUCCUGGACCGUACCUUUGCUAUUACUUCGGGAGUGCUGCUUUAACCUGCAACGGUAGACCUGUACCCGUAUCGAAUUUACCGAGCGAGUGCACGUCCUUCAUAUACGACGGUAUAGAAAUCGAUAGACGAGUAGACACGAGCGGUCCUAAUAACGGACCGCCGCCACCGCAACCAAACGGAUCGCCCGACCAAUUCAGUAAGUAUAAAAUUCAUAAUUCAUAAUACAUCAUUAUACAAUGAUAUAUUAUGAUGCCCUAUAAAAAAAAAAAACAUCUAAAAGGGGCAUUUAAUAUGUGAAAUAAUUUUCUUGAAAAAUACGUGUAUCAAAAAAUAUUGCGUGUUUUCGCGUAUAAUGAGUGUUGAAAAUAAAAAUCUACAUUAAAAUUAUUAAUUUUCAUUAAUUCAAAGUUAUAAAAUGACGAGUUUUACCGAAACGCUUUAUGUCACUUUUCAUAAAACAAAUUGAAAUUAUUCCUUUUGCUCUUUUGGACAUAUUUAUUUGCUUUAUACAAAUAGUUAUCAAGAAAUACUACCGAAUUGACUUACAUCGUCUUUGAAAUUCAAUUUUAAAUUAUGAAAAGCAUAGAUAAUAGAAGAAAAUUAAAAGUUUUAAAACUUUUCAUUUCAAUGGCCUUGAAAGUUUUAGAAUUUCAUGAAUAGUUUUGAAAUAUUUCAACAUCAUAUCUCUGCAUACUAUAGCUAAUAUAUUUCGACAAACCCUCCUUGAAACGUUUGUUUCAAUCCGGAUUCGAAUUUAACAUUAAAAAACGCAUCUAUAUUUUUGUAAGGAAAAAGGCAAAACUAAUUUAAAAACUAUUUGCCCAUUGCGGAAAUAAAAUAAACAUAAUAAUUUAAUUCAAUGUCAGUUUAAAAACGAACGUCGUAUGUAAACAUUGCGUUAAAUUCAAUAUUAGAAGAAAAUAUUGUUGAAAAAUGAUUUUAAAAUAAAUGGCGUAGGAUAGAUAAAAUAUGGUAAAUGUCAUUCGUAUUUAUUCGUAUCAUUUGUGAACAUUAAAAUUGAUUUGUGGUACAACAUUCGUUAAAGUCGUAUAUCAAUGUAUUAAAAUACAAAUUAUUAGUACAUUUUAAUGGUUUAUCAUUGCUCACAGAUAUAGGUACAUUAAAUUUCUCCUUUACUUACUUUUCAACUUCUUACAUACAACAGUGGCCCACCCACCGUGCGAGGUAUGUCUGUAUCUUUUUCCUACAUAUUUUAUCAGUUUUUCCCAUUCGAUUUCCCCCCUACUACCUUUCCGAUUUCUCAUCUAUAACAGUGGCUGCACCAAUCUCCAUUAUCCUAGGACAACCUUUUAUUUUAACCUUGUCUUUUAAAAUUCAACUAAGCGUUGCUAUUGUUAGAAGGAUGAUGGAUACCAAAAUGUUUGGUUUGUGUUGGAUAUAAUGGAAUAUAAUUAUAAUUAUCAUGAAUAGCCACCUAAGCUGGCAUAAAUUUGAAUAUGGCCAAUAAGAACCGAUAAUAUUUAUCAAUUAGUAAAAGCUGUCCUAGGAUAAUGGGGACGGGUGUAGUCACUGUUAUAAGUGAAAAGUCGGGAAGGUAGUAGAGGGGAAAUUGAAUGUAUAUCUGUACGCGACGAUUAACUAUUGAUUACGAAAAAAACGAUUCUGAGCGGAGUUCGGUUGAUAGUGUUGCUUUAUCCACAAUAUAUAUGUUAUAUUGGGAAAAUUUGGGAAAAUAAUGGCAUGUGCAUUAUUUAUUUAUUUAUUUACACCUCAAAAUGGUAAAAGUACAGAUAAAUUUAUGCACAAAAAUAAUUACACGUGACUGGUUUAAAAAUUUAAGCGAAUUACAAAAUACAGAAUACAAAAAUACAAAUAAUAUGGAUCAAAUUGUUUGACGUAACAGAAAUGCUUGGAAACUUAACAAGAAGUUCAUUAUAAGUUUUUUUUGUAUACUCAAACCGUUAAUUUGUUUAAAUUUUUUACAGUGUUUUUAGAUGCUGUUCAGCAAUCUGAUAAAGAUCUAUUGUUAUGUUUUUAUCAUGCUGAAAAUGACAAAUGGAGAUACGAUAGCGAAAAAAUAACAAUGAGAGCUCAACAAGACGCAGCUUUUAUAAAGUGGUAUAUAGCACCUCGUCCUAAAAUUAAAGGAUUGAUUUUUAACGACAUAGAUUUUAUAGUAAGCUAAAAGGACACAAUUUAAUUAUUAAGAAUAAAAAACGUUAUAUUAUUUAUUUAUUCGUAUAGCGAUAAAGAACGUUAUUAGUUAUUACAGUUUAUUACUAGUUAUUAACAUUGAAAUACUUGUUUUUUUUUUUAGCAUUAAAAUUGGAUGAACAGUAGUGAGUGUGUAUUACUUCAGCUUAUUGGUUUGAAACGUCGUAAAAACGCCCGUAACCUCUUCCACUUAAAUGGAUGUCAAGCAAUAGAUUACUAGAAAAGUUUUCUAUCAUAAGCAACUAUAAUAACAAUAAGUAACUUUUUUUAAAAGAACGUAAUUAGUUGUUACUUUGAUUUUAGCUAAACGUUUAUUUUCCAUUAAAAAAUGUUACUUAUUGUUAUUGUAGUUGCAUAUGAUAGAAGAAUUUUCUAGUAAUCUAUUGCCCGGUACCCAUUUAAGGGGAAGGGUGUACGGCUGUUUUUAUGACGUUUCAAACCAAUAAGCUGGAUUAAUUUUAAUACUCCCUCACUAUUGUCAGCCCGGUUUUAAUGCUAAAAACAUUUAGGUAUUUCAAUUGUUUGAUUUCUUGUCUAUGUUUUGUAGAAGGAAAUUGUUCGUUUUUUUUUUAUUUAUUUAGUUUAGUUAAAGUACAAGAUGAGUUUACCUUUUUAAAAAAAAAUAAAUUCAUACUUAAAAGUAUCACACAGAAAUAAUUUUUUUUCCUGCAAAACAUAGAAAAGAAGUCUAUAUAUUUAUAUAUCUAUUAGAGCUGCUAAAAAUCAGUACAUUUAAACACCUACUAAUAAAACUGAAUUUGUUUUUUUUCCUCUUUUUCAGUCAUAUAAAGCAAAUUUCCCGUUAUUUGCUCAACAGUUUCAAUUAUACCUGCAUUAUAUGAGAACCGCUGCUAAGGAUUUCUUCAUCGGAAUCCCGGUACCCGCUCAUUUUUUGAUAGAUGAAUUUUCCAACCCACAAUCUAGUAAUCAAAACAAUUAAAAAUAAUAUACGAGUAUUCAAUUUUUUUUUUUAUAUAGGUACCAGAGAUUGAGUUAUUGGACUCAGAAUAAAUUUAUAGUAUAUUACGACCCCUGUUAUAGUGACGUAAUUAGGAAUAAUUUCUAAAAUCACGUUACUUUGACCCUGCCAGUAGAGAGGGAAAUAUAUAAGAAUCACAACAAAUUUAACUUUUUAGCACCGAAUAUCUUUACUGAUUAAAUUCAAUUAGCCAUUUGUAUUGAAAUCUUUGGCCCACAUUUUUCAAAUCUAUGGGAAAACUUUUAAAUUUGUUGAAGUUUAAUUUGGUAUACGUCAGAAUUAGAAAAAUUUACCUAAAUUUGAAAUAAUUAAUCUUUACAUUUCUACCGUGUACUGAUAUAGUGCUAUUAGUUAGUUAUUAAUUACGUAUUGUGUGUAGAUUAUAUGACGGUUUGAAACUGUUCAAUACGAAACUAUACAUAGGUAUACAAUUUUGCCUUAAUCAUAGAUCUAUAAAACAACUAUACGAGUAAAUCUGAUGUUUUGGCGGUUUUGCAUUCAUAUAUACCGAAAUGGAAAAAUGUAUUAACCCAUGACUUAUUUGUUUACGUCAUAAAUCAUGUGUGUAUGUAAUAAUUACCAUAUAGUCAUGGAAGCAUUUAAAACUCAGUUCACUAGAAAAAAGACGAUUAAUUAUUUUUGCUCAAUCUUCUACACGAUAAGGUUGACUCAUACCGGAUAUUUGAGUACAUAGAAGUUUACGUGUUCCAAGCGUCCCGUGAGUCAUUUCACCUUCCGAUCUAAUUUUUUAAUAAUAAUGAUCCCUUGGUCAAAGCUAUGCAUUCCGUAAAUGAUAAUAAUGUUGAUUUGGCCUUAAUAAUUUGGUUUUGUCGUGAUAAUUGUUAUAACGCUACGCUACGAAUCUAUUGGUUUCAUUAUGAAGUGUGUGUAUUUUGUUUAUUUUUGUUUUUGUGUCCGAACAACUUUUAUACCAAAAACUUGCUCCGAAGUAUAGACUAUAGCAUCUUUUCUGAGAGGAAAUUUUCCCUCGUUAGUGCACUGAGGAGGUCACUUUUUUAUUUUUCAAGGGGUUUUCAAAAUAAUUAGAAAAAACCUGAAUGAAAAUUACAGGCAAAACGGUAAAUAUUUACGGCACGUCACGGCGUUACCGUUUUCAUUGUUUUUAUUAUGUUAACACGAUAUUUUCUACCAGAUAUAUUGCUCCAAUCCAAAAACAACAAGAUAUCGAUUUUAUCCCUUUUAAUGUUUUUAAUAUUUCGUCACAAACAGAAAAAGUCGUUUUUCGAUAUCAAAAGUAUUUUUCGUAAUAACUGGGAAAAAUCAAAAAAUUAGAAUUAAUUAAUAUUCACGGCAAUGUAGCGUCCUGGUUUAAUAAUUUUAAUAUGUUCAACUUAUGUUUUCUACCAGAAAUAUUACUCCUAUCUAAAAAUGACAAGUGAUCGGUUAUGUUUCUUUUAACACAUAGCCACUGACAGACUAAGCCAUUAUUUGAUAUCUAAAGUAUUAUUUUUCAUAAUAAUUUGGAAAAACCAAAAAAGACGAAAUAUACGUUUCUUUUUAAAUUACGGCACAGGGAUUUCAUCAUUUUAAAUUUGUAUGGCUUAUUUUUUCUUCCAUAUGUAUUCUCCAAUAGAAAAAAAUCAAGAGAUCUUCGUUGAUGACCAACAAUGUCGGUUUACGAUUUCCCUUAUAGCUUUUUAUUUAAUUAUUGAGCAAAACCGAAAAAUACAUAGAAAAAACGACAAAAUUUACGAACAAUUAUUUUUUUAUUUUUUUUAAUGUAAUUCCAUUAUUAAAUAUUUGAAAAGACUUAAAAUAUUGACAGAAAAUGUAUGUUUAAUUUUUCUAGACAUGGUAAAAUUUUCAGAGCAUUUGAGCAAUUGUUGAGCUUUUCAGACACAUUUUAAUUUUGCGAGAGUUCUAUGUAAUUUUCAAUUCGUAGGUACUCUAUAGAUGAAUUGUUAGACUUAACAGAUAUGCUUGAAAAUUUGAUAGGAAGUUUAUUAUACGUAUUAAUGAGUGGUCAAAAAAAAAAAAAAAUUAGUUUAAUAUCAAAAUAUUGAUAUUAAAUUAUUAUAUUAACGUUUUUCUAUUUAUUUUUCGCGUAUUUCUUUCCCUUUAUUUUCAAAAUAUAAUAUAAAAUAUUUUCUAAAUGUUUUAGAAGUAUUUUGAAUAUAUAUUUGAGACGACAAAAAAUAUUUACAAAUCAUCAUUAAAAUAUUUUUAAAACAUAAAUCUGCUGUGUGGGUAAUGGUAAAUAAAAAUAAUAUUAGAUAAGUAAACACUUUACAAAAUGAUAUCUAUAUUUUUAUAUUUGUAUUUACGUCACAAUUAAAUAAUUCAAAAAUAUCAAACCAAUCUACUUUCCAAAUUAAAAAAGACAAAUUUAAAUUACAUUUUGAAAAAUGUUUGAUGGAAUUUCAAAUUUGGAAGAACUUAAUGUUUUGAAAAAAUGUUUCUUUCCUACUUUAGCUGCUUUAAAAACCGAACAAACGUUAUCAGCAACUUAAUAUUGUUUUAUUUUAUGACCAGUUCAACAAAAUAUGUUACCAUCAACAUACUACAAUUUAUAUGUUUUAUUUUGAAUUAUUUAUUAAUGUAUAUAUAUGUAUAUAUCUAUGAACAAACGUAUUAACUAGUUAAAUAGUUCACGUCGUGGUUGUUUUUACACUUUCUCAUAGUUCAGGACAUAAAUAAAUAUUCCACGGAUUCAUUCGAAACUGCUGCUGACGUCAUACCUUUUAUGGAACUGUAUCAAUAAUCGUACAGUUGACUGUGUUCACUAACUGUAUAUUUUUGGUUUCUGUUUUUUAUCUGGUUUUAACUUGUUAUAGUACAAUAGCUCACCUAAAUAAUUUUUAUUUUUAAAAUUUGAUUUAAUGUAGCGUUGAAAUUUGCUACGUUUGAUGCGGAUGUCGAUUUUUACAUGAUUACAUUUGCGAUAUUUAAUCCGUGUACGGCGAAAUUGGUAAAAGGAGGUGUUAUUCCAUACGAUAGUGACGACCCGGAAAUAAAAUAUACACUGGUAUAAUAUAUAAUUUUAAUAGUUUUAUUUAUUGUUAUUAUUAUUCAUAUGCGUAUAUAUAUAUAAAUAUUAGAUGAUUCUUAAAACUGAACUUUGAAAAUUUGUUAACUAUGCAACUUAAAUUGGUUCGGAUACUUAUAAAAAUGAUGUAUAAAAAGUUUUAGGAGAAUUGGACAAUAUUAACCACAAAAGCUACCAAAGGUUUGAAAAUGCAUAACUCAAUUUUUUUGGAAAACAACAAAGUUUUUUGUUUUUCAAGCAUAACACAAGUAAUAAUAACUGUAUUGAAAAAAGUAUAAGAACAUUUGUUUAAAAAAAAACAUUUUGUGUAUUUUCCAAUCGUAUGUACUUUAUCAUAAAACCAAUAUUUUUUGAAAAAAAUGACAUCGCUAAUUAAUAUUGUAAAUAAAUGUUAAAAAUGAAAUUUAUAAUUUUUUUAAUGUUUACAUUCAAAGGUUUAAUUUUUUUUUUAAUUAUUUAUCUAAUAUAGUACUUUUCUUGGAGUCGGGAAAUUUAUUGCGAUAGGAAAUAUUGUUUUUGAAUUUCAUCAUGGGUAAUGUUUGUAUUGUAUGCCUCUAUAAGUUAAGUCCUCCUUCAGCUAUAUUAUUGACUACAUUUAUGUUGGUGACAAAAGCAGUAGAUUUUUUAAAUUUUCAUCAUACGUCCCAUUUUGAUGGAUCAAUCGUAAGAAAGUCAGUACUUCUUUUAGAACGUUUAAAGAAUUGCUUUGAGUUCACAAAAAUAAAAUCUUCAAGGUCUUUAUUUAAUAUACAAUAGACUCAUACAAAUUUAAAAGAUAUCGGUUUAUACUAUCAUCUUCUGUAUCCAUCUUAAGAGCUGCCAUCAUUUUUAUUUUUAUAUCUACUGAUACAUGUGGAUCGAAAAUUGAUAUAGCAACUACCUCGGGUAUAGAUACCACAAAUGGCCACACAUUUGUUUAAUCGUGAUUUCAGAUAUGAUUUUAUCAAUAAACUGAUAUCUUAUUAAAUCUUUUUAACAAUUUAGAUCUUGAUAAGGUGUACUCGAAGGUGCAUCAAACCAGGCUUUUAUGUAUAAUCGAAUAAUGAAGACACAUACACUGGCAAUAGAUAUUUCUUUUUUCUGUUUUAAACGAAAUUGACUUCAGAAUAAAAAUAUUUUCAAACAGUAUAUAGCUUUUACCACUAUAGCAUGUUGGAUGGUUCCGGGUAGUUUAAAAAAAAAUUUCUCGAGAGGGCAUUCCCCCAAGAAAAAUAACCGUCAAUUCUAACAACUAUCUAUAAUCUUCCCUUGGAUGUUUGACUUGUAAAUAAUUAACUAUAAAAUUAAUUAAAUCAGAAUACACAUCACAGGUUCAAAUUUUUCAGUAUUUAGAUUUUCCCAAUAUUGUUUAAACCUUUUAAAUAUUGGUACAUCUGGACCAGAUGUCGUAUAUAAUUUUGUAUCAAAAACACUUUUUAAAAAUAACUCAUAGAUAUGUUCAAACUUUAGAUAACCAAAUACUGUUGAAAUGAUAAUCAUACGAAUAUUGUCUCGUUAUCAGUGUCCUGGUAUAUUUAACGUCAUUUUAUAUCAACAAAUAUUUUACCAAUGGUCUAAUGUUUAGUAUAUAUUAUUUUACAUUGUAAAUAAUAUUUAUUUUUUUUUUUUUUUUUUUGCAAGAUUUAUGCAAUAAUUAUUUUUAAAAUAUAAUUUUUUGGAUAGAUAUUAAGUUUACGACAGAAUAUUCAGGAAUAUAGAUUAUGUAAAAUAUUAUUCUAAAUAAAUUAUGUAUCAUCAUUUUUUUUAUAGAAUCAUUCUUUAAUAUACUAUACUUAAACUCUAAGAAAAACAUGCUAUUUUUUUAAAAAAAUAAACAUAGGCAACUUCAACUCUUUUGUAGCAUGGAUUAACUUUGUUCAAUAUUCACUUGAAACUUCUUGUACAUCGUUUUUUAAGUGUAUUCAAAUAAUGUAUUCUGUAAGAAAAGAAAAAAUUAUAAAUUUAUACCUUAUGGACUAGGACUACCUUAGUAAACAUACGAGUAUGAAUAAAUAAUGAAUAAUAUAUUGAUCAUACAAAUUUUAAAAAUACUAUGAUAUAAGUCGAAUUUUGUUUUUUUUUUUUUUAGAAAAAAUUAGAAGUAGCCCUGAAAAAUUCUGGAAUACCAAGUUCAAAAUUAUAUUUCAAAUUUCAAUUGUUCGGCAUUUCAAACAGGACGGGUGAUUUAACGUUUUACUCCGAAUGUUUCACGUCUUACGAACGGGUAACUAUGAAAUUUUUACGAUUUUGAAGCUCCCCUAUGAAAAAAUAAUUAUCGUUUUAGAGCUUAUAUUAAUUUCAAAUUUUAAUGUUAAAUGUGUGUGUGUAUUUUUAAUUAAUUGACAGACUACAGAAAUUUUUUUCUAGAGGAUUUCGGAUGACUGAUCUCCCCCUAAAAAACGACUUAUUAAAAUGAUCCGCAAUAUGUCCACUGUUGAAUUUAUCAAAAUUCUAUCAAAAGUCCAAUAAACAUAAAAUAUAACAUAAUAUAAUAUAUAUUAUGUGUAAUACUCAUACAGGUGAUUUUUUUUAUCACUAACGAGACAUUUUUUAGAAGGAUUUAGUAUUUAAAUUCUGUUUUUUUAAUCAUUUUUUAAUCGUUUCAUGUUUAUUUUAAACUAUUCUUUCUUUUUUUUACACCUACUUCAUAUUUCUUAAAUAAGUAUAUACUUUUGUUUUUCAAAUAGGAACCCCCUUUUUGAACACAGAUUUAAAUAGAGAAUAUUAUAUUAAAUUAUUUGUCUAGAAAUAUUAAAUGUAUUUUUUAUUUUUAUAGAUAUGUAAAUAUCCAGAUAAAACGAUAUCCUGGUGUGCUGAUAAUUCGGGUUCCUUGCGCAUAAAAGUAAUAUUAUAAUAUGUACAGAUAAGAUAUUUUAGCGUUUUUUAUUACCUCAUCACAAUAAUGAGAAAUCGUACACUUUUCUUAUGUACAGGGAAAUUUCGCAAGAAAUCUCGGAGCAGGAUUUGUGGCGGACAGUAUCGAUUUAAACGAUCCCGUUAACAGUUGCCACUGCAAAUCGCCGUAUUCGUCUUUUUACUAUUUAAUUGACGGUUUUAAAAAUCAACAAACGUAUCCGCCAUGUGCUUUGUUCGAUAGAACGUCAAUACCAUCAUAAUUUUAUUAAAUUGCCUAUUAAUCGCCAUCACACAUGGUGAAUUUAUACUAUAAAACCUUUAGAGUAAUAAAUUAUUUUACUUGAAUAGGUAUUCAUGUCUUCUCUCAGUCUUUUAUUGGUGUAAUAAAAAAACAAAAAAACAAAAUGUCGUAUCUAUAAACUUUAUUAUAGGUUAUACAUUUUGCAAAUACUUAAAAAUAAAUAAAUACCACAGCAAAAAUUAUUUAAACCAAAAUCUUCUUUUAUAUUCUUUAUAACCUAUACUAGUUGUCCGGUGUACAAUAACUACAACUUUGUGGUUUUUUUUUAAAUAUAAAAAAGAAAACGUAGUACAAAAUUAAGUACCUAUGAAAAAAUCGAACGUACUACCAGUAUGU